AUGGCAGCUAACCACACCCUGACGCUGGGAUGGGGCGACAGUUAUACAUCGGGUGGUCUAGCAGAAUGGCCGAUGGCCGUGUACGAUAUCUAUGAUUCAAAGGACUCUUCCGUUCAUGUCCAGCUUCCAAUGUCAUGGAAUCAGAGCUCUGAGCCACUCGACGCUCAGAACAAUUGUUACAAUCCGAUAUUUCUCUUUGCUCCUAACGCCAGGAACUUCUACGGGUGCGCUGUCAUUGCAGCUUCUGCGUUCCUAGUGCAGACUCACAAUUUCCUCGUCGACAAAGCGUUCGAAGAUGCAAACCCCCAAGUUCAGUAUGGCUCUCUGGAGGCUUUCAAUGCAUCACGGGUUAUACGACAGAUUGUCGGCUGUGCCGAAGCUUCUUGUACAAACAACACCUUAGGAGAUUGCGAUUCGAAAGUCAUAGAUCUCACACAGGAUCAGGUGGUGACUGAGAAUCUGGGCGAGGUCUUGCGUACCCUCCAGUCACUAUGUUCCGUCCUGACAAAGGAACCAGAGGCUGAUAUUGCUGGACCCGGGAUUGCUGUAUCAUACUACAUACAGGUUGCCCUAAGCAUUUGGUUCUUCAUCUUUUGCGGCAUUCUACCUCACGAGCCUGACUCUUCUACAUUCUUUGCCAUUUUCAGCUUCUUCAAAAGCUGGAUCAGAUGGCACUACAUAAAAUUCCGCCGACGUUCGGAUCCGGAAGUGGACAGCCUUCGUUCGACAUUGACACGUCUGCGUUCGACUCGAUUUUCUGUGGCUUUGUACUCGGCCAUAAUCGAAUUCCAAGAGACGCAGACCUUUCUCGUCAUGGCGAUCGAGACGGCAACCCUUAUCAUGGUUCUCAUGAACAGCGAGUCUCUUGCGAUCCGAGUCGACCUCAGCGCCGCCAAGGACUUCGCCACCGCUAAUACGCUGCUGGUUCUCACCACACAGGCUAUCAUGCAGCGGAGGGGGAUGUACUGGUGGUACACCUUCAUACUGACAACCAUCGUCUACAUCUUGUGUGCUAUCAUCCAGAUGCACAACCUCCCGGCGCCGUCAUCUUCCCAGGAUCCCGCUCUGCAGCUUCGGGCCUGCGGCGGAGAGCGUAGCAUCCUACAAACGUGUAUACAAUAUGGUCCAGAUGAUUACUCUUACUAUGGAACUUCAACCCUUAGUGAUAAGAGCAACUACUUUCGCGCUUAUAUGGCAAUCAUGAUAUUUUUGACCGUGGACUAUCUCGGACAUAUCCCUCAUCUGCGCAAGAUGAUGGCUUCGACUCUCAAAGAACGCAAAAUUGAGAUACCUUCUUGGAUUUUCAAAAUUUCGUCCUUCUUCGGAAAAGCUUUGUGGUUUUGUCUGGUGAUAACAAUGGCUAUGUUCAUUGUUGCCAAUGUAUAUCAAGUAGACCAUCUUGUUCGACAAACGAUGAGCAGUAAAAAGCAAUGGACAUUCGGCCAGGUUGUUGCGGUGUUAGUGUGGGCGCCAGUACUAUCCAAGUACAUCUACUACAACAUUUUUGGCAUUGAACGCGGGGUUGGCGAGCGAAUAGACGACCAGUACAAGGUCGUUCACAACGAAGAAAGGAUAGCACCAUCAGCACCUACUGGAGCACAAGUACAUUCCGGUUCUUCGAGAAACUCAGUGGCUGCAACCAGCUACACCAGCUUGAGCACCGUUGGAGACGGUCCUGAAGAUCAGGGGUCCGCGAGCAUAGAGGUGGUUUCAGCAGGAAUUAGACGCAAACCGUUGCCACCUCGGACCGACAGCGAGUUGCCCAGAUGA